AUGGCGAUGGCAACUACGCUCACAAGAGUCUUUGAAGGGUCUUCUCUUGAUGAUUGGAUCCGUGUCUAUCAUAACACCAAGAACAAGAACGCCUAUUGGUUCCGCCAGAACUUGGGAGGAGGGAAGUUUGACCAGUCGGUUCAGUUCAAUGUUGAUAUGAACUGUGAUUUGGAUCAUUGGUACGCCCUUGCAGAUUUUCUUGGCCAGAACAGUGACGGUCUCGAUGACUUCUUCUGUAUCAAGGAGAACGCUGUAUGGCUCUCGCUCAACCGAGGCGGAAAACCUCUCCAGUUCUCUACUACUAGUGUUCGCAUAACAUUGGAGGCGAUGGAAGAGCAGAUCUUUGUCGAGUCAAGUUACGGCAAGAUAGCGUGCGUUCACCCUGAGGCUAACGAGCCCGGUCUGGCAGUGAUAGGUGCUCUCGACCGUGGCUGGGGUGACAAGUCUCAAUGGCAAGGUUUCAGCACCGCCCAAGGCAUUCGUGGAACUGUCUUCAGCACUGUGCAACCAGAAAAGCCCGGUAUUACCCUAGGUAUGACAUAUCUCAAAUUUCGACUACUUCGACGUAUUGGUUCGGUUAUGAGUGACGGCUAA